AUGACGUUUUUAUCGAAUGAAAGCCCUGGAGUUAAGGCAGAUCAGAAGGUAUUUUGCAGGCCUGCUAACCUUUGCGCGCAGAUUCUGCCUGGCUUGUUCAUUGGCAACUUUAAAGAUGCCCGAGAUGUAGAGCAAUUGAGUAAGAAUAACAUUACGCACAUUCUUUCAAUCCAUGACAGUGCCCGCCCUAUGCUCGAGGGAGUGAAGUAUCUGUCUGCUGACUCACCCUCGCAGAACUUGGCAAGGCAUUUCAGAGAGAGCAUCAAAUUUAUCCAUGAGUGCCGGCUUACAGGUGAAGGCUGCCUAGUUCACUGCCUUGCAGGUGUCUCCAGGAGUGUAACAUUGGUGGUGGCCUACAUCAUGACCAUCACAGACUUUGGUUGGGAAGAUGCACUGUCUGUUGUCCGUGCAGCGAGAUCCUGUGCCAAUCCUAACAUGGGCUUCCAGAGGCAGCUACAGGACUUUGAAAAACACGAUGUUGAUCAGUUCAGGCAGUGGCUGAAAGAAGAAUACGGGGAAAACUCUUCUCAGGAUCUGCAAGAAGCCAAAAAUCUUCUGAGCAAAUAUAAAGAGCAGGCAGAGUUGCAGCAGAAUGCUGGAGGAAGACAGUGGAAUAACAACUUCUCAUCUGUGCCGUCUCUCUCAUACAGCAAUUACACAACAGAGACCUAAUUGUAGGAGGUUGAUUUUUUCUUCUUUCUACCUUUGAAAAACAUCUUGCCAUAAUUUCCAUCCCAUCUUCAAGACUCAGCAGUAAUCAUGCAAACAGUUGAUUUGUAGAAAGCUUCUUGAUGAAAAUACUACAUUGUGUGUGUGUGUGUAUGAGUGUGUUUCACACAGUUUUAUAAUUUGGGCAGGAUCAAGCUCUCUGGACAUGAUCCAGUUCCUGUGGCUGAGCCAGUUUGUCAGCCAGCCGCAGCUCUUAUCCCCUUAUGCCCACAUUGCCUGGCAUUUGCUGUGAGGUUAGCUCAACUCCUUUCAUUGUAAGCUAGCAAAGGGCUCCGAGAGAUGAAGUCUGGUGAUUCAAGCUGUGGCAGUUUGACAUCUCUGCACUAUUAAUGUGGCAAAAAUGUUAUUGCACCUGAAGAAGGGAACUCAAGUGUGUGUCUCUGCUGCUCCUGUUCACAGUCCAGUGGCAAGUAAUACUGUGGGGGUGGGCUUGAACUUGAAUGCUAGGCUGCAAACUGGAGCAGGCGAGAUACGGGUACACACGUACCUUUCUACCAACAGUAGCAUCUAGGAGAGAAGUGGGACAGACAGCUCUGAGUAAUAACAUCUUCAACUGCCACAGUUGUACUUGCUUCAGUGCACGUGAGACAGAGCUGUCGGUAGAACUGCCGC